AUGCGUUUACGAAGCGGAUUGGAUAAGUCUAGCGAGCGAGACAGUCGGAGUCAGCCUGCUCAAGCCGCAAGUCUCGAUAUGGAGGAACAUCGUUUUACAGAUUUUGGCUCAAAUGGCGCAGAUGUUGGUUCGUCGGGGCAGAGUAGUGGAUCGCCAUCUAGACCCGAAACUCAGAACCGUGAUACCUCCAAUGGACAGCAGGAACAGGGCAUAGUCCUCUCUAGUCAAUAUGAGGAAUAUCAAGAAGACCCAACAGCAUCAUCACAACAUACUCAAAGACCUUUCUUGGCACCACCAUCUUUCUAUGACCCAGCUCUCUAUCCCGAAGCCUCAGUUCCUGUGUUACAUCCUACUACAUCUGCAUUAUACUUACAGCCUUAUACAACUACAACUACCUCUCAAUCCCAACCUCAUUCUCAACUUCAACUUCAACAAAACUAUUCAUCCUAUAUGCCACCCCAUACAAAUGCAUCUCAGCCUGAAUCUAUCUACACCUACGAGUCACCUCUUUACCCCUCCCCACCACCACCACCAGCUCCUACACCACCACCGCCUCCCUCACACUCUCAUCGCUUUAAUCCCUCUCAAUACUAUCCCCCAGCUCAUCUAUCAUACCACCAAGCCCAAAGCCAGCACCACCUCCCUCUCACUCAACCUCAACCUCAAACACUCCACUUCCCCCCUCUUUCUACUCCUCAAACUCAACUCCAGACUCAACAACCCCAUCACCAAUCUCAAGAUAGUCCCUGGUCUCCACUCUCCGCUCAUGAAUCCCGCAAACGCCGCGCUUCAGAUGCGUUGAGCACUGCCGAGUUGGGCGUCACUGACGCCGAUGUGGAUUGGGGGUAUAAGGAUAAGAUGGGUCAGGAGCUUGAUUCUCUAGAGAUGCAAAGUAGGAGUAUGAGGAGAAGAGAUGAACGCGGUGAGGGUAGCGAGAGGCACAAUGUUCCAGGAAGCAGCAGAAGAAGUAGAAGAAGAUUGAAUAAUGGAGAUGCGGGGAACGGAAGUGCGGGACGAAGACAAGGAGGAAGAGAUGAAGAUGAAGAUGAAGAUGAGAAUGAAUUUGAGUACGAAGAAAGAAUGGCGCGAGGAGAAGAGGAAGAAAGCGAUCGAGGCAACGGACAUACAUAUUCUUGA